UUUCAUCAGCGUAUCUCCAAUCACGUGUUCGCGUUCCUCAUCCCACCGGAAGUCACCUCCCACUGGCAACGGAAUAACGAUGGUAAUUCAACGAGUGUGGCGUUCCUCUUCCACUUCGACCAAUAGCAGCAACAACACCAAUAGCAACAGUGUCGUCCUUGCAACAUCAUCGGCAGCUGGUACUGCAGCAGUAGCAGCAACAAGUUCCUCUGAAUUGGCGCCACAAAAUGCGACCUCCAGUGAGUCAGAAGGUUCGGUGGGUGGUCAACAGCAAGGUGGCAACUCGAAAAUGCAACGUCCCAAGCUCAGUGGAGAAGCAAUGCUCGAGGUGCUAAAGAUGCGCUACUCCGGACGGUCACAUGCCAAUCAAUCGGCCGGUGAGGCGGCGCUGAAAUCACUUGAAUUGCUCCGAGCCAACAUUCAAUAUCUGUUCGAUAAGGAGAUCGAGGUGGUUAUCAAGAAAUUUAGCUCUCUUUUCUUCAUACCGGCUAUUAAAAAUAUCAAGGAGAAUCUUGGGGAGAGUGCAAUCUCGGAGGAGACUUUGAAGGCUAUCUAUUGUUCCAUGUUGGAGAACAGCAAGAGUCAGUACGUGGGACAGAUUGCUUCUCCAGCGGAGAAUUCUCUAUCGAGAGCUAACACUCCGGGAAUGGAGUUGAGUGAUUCUGAUUCGAGCACCGAUAAUACUGUCCCUUCGGGAACUACCAGUCUACUUCAGCAAGCAUUGAAGCGAAAACUUCCGGAACCGAAUCAACCGGAUACUUUCAAGCGGCAGUAUUUCCUUCAAGGUUCUCUGUACUCUCAGAAUCACUACUCGAUCCUGCAAUCGCUGGGAAACGUCCAAGGCUCGUUGCCAUAUCAGAUUAGACCAUCGGUCUUGAAUCCCACCGUCUAUACGACCACCAUCAGUCCGGAGACUCAGUUCAUUUUGGAUUUGAAAGCCGGUCGAGCUUUGGGUGUUCCGGAUUUUCGUGAGCGAUUAGCCAACAAGCACCCAGAAAUUCUUCGCUACUGUCCGGAUAAUCAGGAUCGAGAUUGGUUGCUUCAGCAGAAGCAAAUCUCCCCGCUCAACAGAAAUGGUCGCUUCUUCCUACUGGUACUGGACGAAGUAAGGAAGCUCGCCGAACGAAACUCGGAAUAUGCCAACAAUCCCUACAUGAAGCUGUCCGAUCUGCAAGGUUUCAAGCUGACGGAAUUCAUCUACGCCAAGGUUCAAAAGUUGAUCAAGGACAGUGCCGAGUCGAGCAUCAAAUCACCAACGGUGUCCACGUUGGCCACAUCAUCAUCGUCAUCGUUAUCGCCCGCAGUUCCUAGCAUAAUUCAACCGAGGCCACGAGUAUCCUCACUGAGUUCCUCACACGCUACACUGACGGCACUCCUGUCAUCGCCGCAACAAUCCCAACCCAGCGUCUGCAGCCUAUCGGAGCUGGUGACGGUUUCCAAUGCGGUGAUGAUCACCAGUCAGUCAGGCCAGGAAGCGGGUUCCACUGGAGGCAGUGGCGGAGAUGUGAAAACAUAAAACUGAGAUUCCUAAUUAAUUUGAAUUGAAAAGUGAUAAAAACAGUUACUGUGCUAAGGAUGCUAAGGUUAGAGGUGGCAUUUGAUGCUUUAGGUGUGUACA